GAUUCAUGGCUAUUCCAAGCAAGAACGGCAUUCUCUAUGUGUUCUGGUGCUGGCACUGCAGAGUCAGCUAGGGCAGUGCUGCAGAAACUAGUUCACUCAUAUCCAAUUUCUGGCUUAGAGAUGGACAUCAAGACAGUGGCUUUGUGGGAAAGCGCUCCCAGCUGCAACCAGUUGCUCUUCGACAAUCACCGGUGGUGCUGCCAGGUCACAGGCAAGGAUCAUGAAAUGCCGCAUUUCUUCAAUGACAUCCUGGAGUUGAACGUGCCGGGAACAUUCAAACGCAGUGACACCUACAUCCAGAAAAGGGCUAAGAUCAGUCAUGGAGAUCUUGCAACCAGCCAACUUUGCAACACCCAUACUCAUGUGGUCACUGGUUCAGAACCAGGGAACCGAUGCAGUAUUCCAUAUGCAGAUUUUGGGGUUUCUGGAUUACCCUGCACUGAUAUGUCCCGUGCUGGUGCUCAAUUAAAGCGGCAUGGUGCAACCAACAGUGUAUACAUGACGCACGGAAAGUACACUGAAUCCAUGCGUGCGCCACUCUUUGUCAUUGAAUGCACACCAGAAUUGGACAUGGGUAUGGUCGAGGAGUGCCAUCCAUCCUAUGACCUGUGGCAGUUGAUGUUUUCAACGGCUGAUACUGGGCACGGAGGGACAAAACGGGAUCGUACCUACGUCAUCGGAAGUCACGUGGACAAGACUUCUUGCCUGUAUGACCCCUGGGAAAUGAAAGACAUUAUUGCUGAUCGAAUGAGAUCAAAGGUUCGGACUCUUCCAUCAGAUUACUUUCUGGCAGAGCAAGUCGAAGUUGACCGGGAAGCAAUUCAAUUGGCUGACCGACGCAAAGUUAGCAUUGACCUGCGCAAACCUUCAAACAGGGCUGAUCUGACCUUUUUGCUGAAUUCCCGAGAGAAAGCAGCCCUGAAUGAUUACAUGAACCUGUAUGAACAGGAGUAUGGCAAGCCAGCUCAGUCUGAUCCUGACCUCAUAGCUUUUUUGGGUGACAACCCAAAGCGUUGGCGGACGUGGAGUGCUAAGUCCAGGACUAUUAGCACUUUUCGGCGUAAUGUUAAAAGUUCACUUUUCUGGUCCCCACACUUGAAGAGGUUUAUGGUUGCCAGAGAGAAAUUAGCCGCACUUGCUUGGCCAGUCACACCAUGUAUGGCAAAGGCCAUGUGUUGUGACAUGGUUCCUGCGAGAGAUAUCUUUCGCGCCGCAGACUUGGCUGGGAAUGGGAUGCACUUCACUACAGUUGCCAUUGCCCAAUUGCUGGCACUGGCAUGCUUUCGACCAAUGGACUAA